CCAGCUGCUUUUCCAAAUAAGAAGGCGGAGCAGCCACUGAGGUGUGGGUCCUGUGGGUCUCAGAGGCAAGGAACAGGAACGUGGGUUUCUGGCCUCAUCUGUCUUCCAAGCUAGAGGGAAGAAAGGCAAGGAUGGUGGAGGCUUUCUGUGCUACCUGGAAGCUGACAGACAGUCAGAACUUUGACGAGUACAUGAAGGCCCUAGGUGUGGGCUUUGCCACUAGGCAGGUGGGGAAUGUGACCAAGCCAACAGUGAUUAUCAGCCAGGAAGCGGGCAAGGUGGUCAUCAGGACCCAGUGCACGUUCAAGAACACGGAGAUCAGCUUCCAUCUGGGGGAGGAGUUUGACGAGAUCAGUGUAGAUGACAGGAAGUGUAAGUCUGUUGUCAGCCUGGAGGGAGACAAACUCAUUCACACACAGAAAUGGGAUGGCAAGGAGACAAAAUUUGUGAGAGAAAUUAAGGAUGGCAAAAUGGUUCUGACUCUCACUUUUGGUGACAUUGUCUGUGUUCGCCACUAUGAGAAGAUGUAGAGCCGUCCCGGGUGGGGCCGGAUCAGCUCUCCAAUGAUUCUGUUCUCUCAGCUGCAGCUGAGCCCGUCACUGACUGGAACGAAGGUCACUCCUGAGGGGGAGGCAGAGAACAGUGACUGAAAAACGUGCUACUCCAAAUAGCUAGCCUAAUUUUGAUAUGCAAAUUUAUCAUGCAUUAUGAUUUCCAUUAAAGUUUUAUCACAAUUUUUUAUAUAAAACAUAAAUUUUAUAACUUCCUUCAAAAUACAAAUCAAAUUGGAAUAAAAAAUCUUACACACUCAUAAAA